UGAUGACAAAGAAGGACCCGAUGGAGGAAGCAGGAAGUGGUUUUACCAAGAAGCAGAGCCUGAGCACAUAAACAACAGCGAAGGAGCAGAACAAAAGUCAAAAGAGAAACUUUCACACAUUUAUCGUAAUGGCUGGCAUUAAAGCACUGGUUGGUUUGUCCUUUAGUGGAGCCAUUGGGCUGACAUUUCUUCUGCUGGGCUGUGCACUGGAACAGUAUGGGGUAUACUGGCCUCUGUUCGUACUGAUUUUCUACAUAUUGAGCCCCAUCCCGACCUUUAUAUCCAGACGUGUCAGUGAUGACACUGACUCCUCCAGCAAUGCAUGCAGAGAGCUGGCCUACUUCUUAACAACUGGCAUCGUCGUAUCAUCUUUUGGGCUCCCUAUUGUCUUAGCCCGCAAUAGCACAAUCCAGUGGGGUGCCUGCGGUCUGGUGAUGACGGGAAACGCUGUCAUCUUCCUCACCAUCCUUGGCUUCUUUGUUGUGUUUGGAGGUGGCGAUGACUUCAGCUGGGAGCAGUGGUAGAGUGCGUUUGGACAGUGAACAGACAGACAGACAGAAGGAUGGAUGGAUAGGUGGGUAGACGGAUAGUUGAAUGGAUAAACUGCAGACUAAGGGGCACAAGUGUUGUGCACUCCAUGGGGAUGAUGAUCAGGCUUGAAAAUGUCAGAUUUACUGGGCAUGUUAUCAGGCCGAUGUUGAUAUAUUAGGGGGUAUUAUAGACAACACUAUGUACCCUAUUAAUGUGCCUUAUGUCUGGGACUAGGGAAACAAUGAUGCCUGUACCCUGCUUAUGCUUUAACACCGUCACUAUCCACCUUAACCCGUGUAUUUUAGCUUGUCUCGCCUUUGCUUCAACCCCCAAAUCACCCUGUUCAUUGCAGCUACCUGCUAUUUCAUUACGCUUCAGUUAAUCAAUAUCAUAAAGGGAUCCAAAAGAGUAACUAUAUUUUAAUGCUCACCACAAUACUCACUGUGUUAUCUGUCCUCACUGUUCAAGGGGGAACUGGCUAUACUGAAUUAUGGCUUGCUUAAUAUGAGCACUGUUUACAGUGUUCAAAGUGUAAAGGCAGGGCAAGUCAUCUUAAUCCGUGCUAUCUGACAACUAGUUGUAGGAUUCCUAAUCAGGUGAAAUAUAUAUAUUUGUAUGGAGAUCUUGUGUGUUUUUGUUUUCAAGACUUUGAAGCCUUGCUUUUUGUUUUGGUGCAAUUGUUUACAUUCUCACCAAAGAUCAUUGUAGACUGCAAAAAUGGAGCAUAUUCACCACUGAACUGUAGGCUUUGAUCUGUACUAUGCAGCAACAUGAUGCUCAAAAGCUAGCAGAGGCAUUUGAGAAAGCACUGGUUAGUAUGUAUCAUACAUCUGAGCAUCUGUGUUUAACUCUCGUGUGAGCCGUACCCACAUUCAUUUUAUAUUCCUGCAGAUGACAAAGAGAUUCAUAAUAUUUACAAAAGAUCAGUUUGUGAAUUAUAUUUUUACAUGUUGAAUGGUAAAUACUGUACAUGUAUGUUUUUAGGCAGU